CGGCCAUCGCGGGGGCCGGCGGGGCGCGGCGCGCCGCCCGCAGCGGCAGGAGGCGGAGGGGAGGCAGGCUCCGCCCGGAGGGGACGGCAGGGGGCCGGGGCUGCCAGAUGCCUCCCCGCCAGGCCCGGCGGCCGGAGCCGCCUCCGCUGGCAGCAUCCAUGGGGGGAGCGCGGGGCUGCCCCGCGGGCUGGGGACAGAGAGCCCCGGGCGAUGCGCUCAGCCCCGCCCCGCAGUUCACCCUCGUGCCCUGCCUAGGAUCUGCCCUUCCCCGUCUCCCUUUCACCCCAGGCCCCUCCGCUCCGUGUGCACGGGAUCUGGGGGCACAGCUUCCACUAAUUCCCUUCGCCUCCGUCCCCGCUCCCCACCCUUUUGGGAGCCAGCGCAGUACAAUGAAUGGGGGCCGGGAGUCACUUCCUCCACUUUCCCCCCGUUUCCGCUCUUCCCCUGCUCAAAACUUCCUCAGCUUUGGAAAAGUUACAAAGUAGCCAAAGGGGAAAAAGGGAAAGUGAAACUAACAAGCCCCUAAACCUUAGACAUUCAUUCUGUUGCAUUCAGUGGCAGAUAAAGGAGAAGGGGGGAAAACAGGUAUCAGCAUUUCUGGGUUUGACAAAGGAACACACAAGUUUUGCUGAAAACGAAAACUUUGCAAAAGUCUUGAGUUUCAAAAAAGGCUGUUUUUAAAAUGGGGGGGGGAGUUGUAAAGAAUAAAUGGCACUCAGCUCUUAUCUCCUUAUCUAGGAUCUGAUAUGGCAGCCAGCACAGUGCUGUGAGCUCUUCCAGUCAAGGCACGAUUCCAGUACCACUGGGGUCGAGCCUGCAGAGCAGGGGUGAAACGCCCAGGUCCUCCAGACCCAUAAAGCUAGUCCAGCAGAAGUUAGGGGCGUAAGUACCUCUGGGGAUCUGGGCCUCUCUGAUUUUGGAAUCUGAAGGGGAGUGUUUAAGGCCAUCAAAUCAAGGAACUGUUCCUGGUAGUAAAGGAAGCCAAGUGUGGUUAUGUUAUCAUCCUGAUGGCGCUGUUCUGGUGUAUGGAAGUCCUGCCAUUGGGUGUUACUGCCCUCUUUCCUGUCGUGCUAUUCCCGCUCAUGAACAUAAUGGAUUCAACUAGCGUCUGUCGGGAGUAUCUGAAGGACACCAACAUGCUUUUCAUUGGGGGGAUGAUGGUGGCCAUUGCGGUUGAACACUGGAACCUACACAAGCGCAUCGCCCUGCGGGUCUUGUUAAUCAUUGGGGUCAGACCAGCCCUGCUAAUUAUGGGCUUCAUGUCUGUCACUGCGUUCCUGUCUAUGUGGAUCAGCAAUACUGCCUCCACUGCCAUGAUGAUACCAAUAGCCCAAGCUGUACUGAAGCAGCUGCACAAGUCAGAGGAGGAGACCAGUCCAGUAGGGCAUGUGGCUGAGAGCAUCAACAAAGCCUUUGAGCUGCAGGAGGUGCCAGAUAAAUCAGAUGCCUCUCAAGAGACACAAAAACAAGAUAACAGACAUGUGUUGACAGUGGAGGAAGAGGAGAAACUGAAAGAUGUGAAGCAGCUGGAAGAGGAGAAGCACCUGACAUUUUGCAAGGGAAUGAGCCUCUCUGUUUGUUAUGCGGCCAGUAUUGGAGGGAUUGCAACCCUGACUGGUACUUCCCCCAACCUGGUGAUGAAGGGACAGAUGGAUCAGCUCUUUCCUACCAAUGACAAUGUGGUGAACUUCGCUUCCUGGUUCAUGUUCGCUUUCCCUACCGCGUUACUGUUGCUGGCUCUUUCCUGGAUUUGGCUCCAGAUAAUGUUCUUGGGAUUUGACUUUCGGAAGAAUUUUGGUUGCGGAGGUAAUGCGUCUAUGAAGGCCAAGCAGAAAAUGGCUUACAAGAUUAUCAAGGACGAGCACAAGAAGCUGGGCCCCAUGAGAUUUGCAGAGAUAGCUGUCACAGUCCUCUUCUUCUUAUUGGUGGUGCUUUGGUUUACCAGAGACCCUGGGUUCAUCCCAGGCUGGGCAACUAAUGUCUUCAGCAAGAAUGGCGAAAGUUAUGUGACUGAUGCGACAGUUGUCAUCUUCAUUUCACUUCUGAUGUUUCUAAUCCCUUCAGAGAUCCCCACCUAUCUAUGUCAUAAUAGGGCUCAGCAAGCGCCACAACAAGAUAGUACAAGGCAGAUUCCAGUGCUCCCUGCUCUCUUGGACUGGAAGACGGUUAAUCAGAAGAUGCCUUGGAACAUUGUGAUUUUGCUGGGAGGUGGCUUUGCCCUGGCCAAAGGCAGUGAGGAAUCUGGUUUGUCUGAAUGGUUAGGUAACAAACUGACCCCUUUGCAGAAUAUCUCAUCUCCCGCUAUUGUUUUGCUGUUAUGUCUCCUGGUUGCCACUUUCACUGAAUGCACCAGUAAUGUGGCUACCACCACCCUCUUCCUUCCUAUACUGGCUUCCAUGGCUCAAGCCAUCUGCCUCAAUCCGCUCUAUGUCAUGCUGCCAUGCACACUCUCAGCAUCGUUGGCAUUCAUGCUCCCAGUGGCUACUCCUCCCAAUGCCAUUGCCUUCUCCUAUGGACAGCUCAAGGUUACUGACAUGGCUAAAGCUGGGAGUGUUCUCAACAUCAUGGGUGUCCUGACAAUCAUGUUAGCCAUAAACACCUGGGGCUACCCCUUGUUCGAUUUGAACCACUUUCCAGUAUGGGCAAACAGCACGUCAGCAGCUUCCUGUAAAUAAUACAGAUGAACAAUGAAACCAAUUGCUGUGUUUGAUGGAGCAGUAUUGUUCACUCUGACCAGCAGCACCAUCUACUCAAGCUUUGGUGAUGUACUGGACCAGACACAACAUCUAGAAACAAAGUCACCCAGAUGUUAACAGCAACACAAUUAUCUGACUCUUCUGCUGUAUGCAAAAGAUAUAGCCUUGCGCUGUGCAACCCUUGCUAGGGUCCCCAGGCUACCUCUCUCUUGAGAGCCAGUGGGAAAUUUUCCCCAGUAUCAGGCACAUCCAUUGGCUCUCAGAUUUUGACUGCAAAUUCAGUGUUUGUUUUGAGUGUGCAAGAAGAGGAAAGGACGUGUGACAGAGAAGUGUAUGUAAGAGGGUGGAAGGAGACAUUUGCACCUGAUGAUGUGUACGCAACUGUGUGUGUUUGAAACCUCUGUUUGUAGGUACAGACCUCUCUGUGUAUGUGUGCUUGUGCAUGGUGAACAUAAAACGGUAAGUGUGAUCUGCAAGCACUCCGGCAAUGUAUGUAUUGUAACAGUUAUGGACAAAUCAAAACACUAUCUAGCCCAUUCUAUUUCUCUGUAAUUUAUUUAUUUUAAAUUCACUCUGUAGCUGAAGUUCAUAAGAGCUUCUGAAAGUAAGAGGCUGUUUUCACUAGAACAUCAAUCCUAUGACUAUUUAUGGAGGCUCAAAAACUAUGCAGGAGUAGACUAUUUUUUUGUCAAGGUCCAAAUUUGUUGGUCAAUGUAUAGUCAAGGUCCAAACUCCAGAGAAAAUAACAAAAAAAAACAACAAACCAACAAUAAUAAUGAUAAUAAUAAGUACAUAGAAAGAUUUUGGGGUCCAUUCAAAAGUGUCUGGCAGUCCAGAUUUGGCCCACAGGCCGCCUGUUGACUACCCCUGCUGUAACAACAUGACAAACUCUAGCAUUCU